CAGCUCUGGCCGGGCCGCACCCUCUCUCCGUUGUCAUGGCAACGCCCACUCUCUCUGAGGCCCGCCUCCAGGGUGGUGCCGGCAUUGGGUUCCGCCCCCUUAUGUUCAACUUCCGCUCGGGGAAAGACCGCUUCCGGUCCCUCUGGCGCUUGCCCGGAAUUAUGGCUACGUCUCAACCUCUGCGGGUCUUGUGUCUGGCCGGUUUUCGGCAGAGCGAGCGGGGCUUCCGCGAGAAGACUGGAGCGCUGCGGAAGGUGCUGCGGGGCCGCGCAGAGCUCGUGUGCCUCAGCGGCCCGCACCCGGUCGCGGACGCAGCGGGCCCUGAGGGCGCUGGGCCAGACCCCGGGCCCUGCCCUCCGGAGGAGCAACCUCGAGGCUGGUGGUUUUCCAAACAGGAGGCAGACGUUUUCUCGGCACUGGAAGAGCCCACGGUGUGCAGAGGUCUGGAGGAAGCCCUGGGAACGGUGGCACAAGCAUUGAGCAAGCUGGGGCCUUUCGAUGGGAUCCUUGGUUUCAGCCAGGGGGCCGCGCUAGCAGCCCUUGUGUGUGCCCUUGGCCAAGCCGGCGAUCCCCGCUUCCCUUUGCCCCGGUUUAUCAUCCUGGUAUCUGGUUUCUGCCCCCGGGGCCUUGGCCUCAAGGAAGCCAUCCUGCAGGGCCCCUUGUCACUGCCUUCCCUCCAUGUUUUUGGGGACACCGACCGCGUCAUCCCCUCUCAGGAGAGUAUGCAACUGUGUAGCCGAUUCGCUGGAGCCAUCGCCCUCACCCACUCUGGUGGCCACUUCAUUCCGGCAGCCGCGCCCCAGCGCCAGGCCUACCUCCAGUUCUUGGACCAGUUUGCAGAGUGAAAGAUCAACAAAUGCCUUUGCCUCUGCAUUCCCUCUCCACCCCCCACCCCCUAAUGGGGACACAUGACCUUGAUGCAGCCUCUAUAAUCCCUGUCCUCCCCUUCUUUCCCCUACUGUGAUCUCAAGAGACAAAUAUCAAUACUUAAGACUCAUAUAAGCCCAGCUCUGCACUCAAGAAAAAGAGGAUUAGGAAGCCUAAUGGACUUUGACCAUGGCAUCUGAUAUUCAAAUAUGUAAAAUGUCAGUAGAGCCCUGGAUGAGUGGAGGGUAACACGAAAAGCAGAGACUGGCAGCACUGUGACUGCCACACAAUAAAGUGGUGAUUUGGA